AUGGGCGCGGAUAUUUCUUCUUCGACAAAAUAUCCAAUUUUAAACUCUUUUGUCGAUGUAUUUGCAGGUGGUAAAGGAGGUAAACCAGAACGUGGAACAAUGCGUUCAACUUGCUGGGCGAGAGGCGGCAUUUGUGUCGAAAUAAGACACUGUCCUCAAAUGAUAUUUGAUGCAAUGGUUCCUGGAUGCAACCGUAAUUAUAGAGUUUGUUGCAAGGUUCGUUCUCCUACUGUGGGUAUAUCCAGAAAAAACAUAUUUAUGCCCAUAGACGGUUCUAACAUGUUAAAUUUAGAAGAUUCUGUGAUAACUGCAAAAGCUAUAAAAAAUUAUAACUUCUUGCGUAACUUGAUGGUUUUAAAUGAUAUUAAAAAAUUACAUAAAUAA